AUGGAAGAUAAUCGUGAUUUUGGCGUAAUUCCGUGUUUUGACACGGUAGAAGAGCAGCGCAAACUUGAUGAAAUGAGGCGACAAACGUUUUGUGAACAGUGUGAUAUGAUGAAACUGACUGAUUUGCUCCUGAAAGCGAUAGCAUCUAUCGGCCGAGCAAAGUGCACUGCUAAGCAACCGUUUAUUUUCCUACAAGAGCUGGAAAAGUAUGUGGAGUAUUGUCGGCAAACAUACAAAACAAAUUCAUCUGCGCCACAGAUGUUGCAAUCACCACCCCCACUGUACCUCAGCGAGUAUGUUAAUACGCCGAAAAUUGAUUUAUUGAUGCGUUUGAUAAGAUCAGGAGUCAGUUUGGUGGAUUAUGUAAAGGAAUUGAUAUCGAACACUGCAUCAGCUUUUAAUUCUACUACGGGUCCACUGUCAGUGCAUUUAUCUCUGCGACACUACAGUAUGGUGCUACAAACAAUAGCAUUGGCACGGCUAGCAAUUCGAUCAUUGGAAAUUGUCCUGGAUAGUGUUUCUGGCCUUUCCUCUGUAAACCAAAGAAACAAAAAGAUAAGCACUGCAAAGAAUUUACGAAAAAAUGUUGUAUCGAACAGGUUGUGUGAAAUACGUGCUAGCCUCAAAAAGGGCAUUUCGCUGAUCAACGUUCAAUUAUCAGACAUUUAUAAACUGCUCACCAAUGAUGAUCUCAUUCCGAAUUUUAGUAGUGAUUUUGAUGAGGAGACUUGUAAAAUCUUGCAAGAAGAGAAAGCUGAUGUGGACUGGGCAAUUAUUACCUCAUACGAUGCUUCUAUUACGGAUAUGCAAAAAGCUGUGAAACAUAUGCUUGAUUCAAAAUAA